CGUGACACCACACGGCCGCCCGUCGCCACGUCAUCCCGCGCUACGUCACUCGACUGCCCCGACACGGCAAUGAUGGCGGCGUCCAUCAGAGAAAAACAGACAGCCGCAUUGAAGCGAAUGCUAAAUUUUAAUUCUCCUCUGAUGAAAAACACCGCAGCAGAGCCAGUAUGGAAGGUUCUUAUUUAUGACCGAUUUGGACAAGAUAUUAUUUCUCCUUUGCUGGCUGUCAAGGAACUAAGGGACAUGGGCAUAACCUUGCACUUAUUACUUCACUCUGAUCGAGAUGCAAUCCCUGAUGUACCAGCCAUUUAUUUUGUGAUGCCCACAGAAGAAAACAUUGAUAGGAUAUGCCAGGAUCUUCGAAGUCAACUAUAUGAGUCUUACUACUUGAACUUCAUUUCUGCCAUUUCAAGAAGCAAACUUGAAGACAUUGCAAGUGCCGCUCUGGGAGCAAAUGCAGUCACCCAAAUCACUAAAGUUUUUGAUCAGUAUCUCAACUUUAUUACACUGGAGGAUGACAUGUUUGUUCUCUGCAAUCAAAACAAAGAGCUCAUCUCAUACCACGCCAUUAACAAGUCCGACAUCACUGACACAGACAUGGAAACCAUAAUGGACACAAUAGUUGACAGUCUUUUUUGCUUCUUAGUUACUCUGGGUGCUGUGCCCAUACUUAGAUGUCCGAGAGGGAAUGCAGCAGAAAUGGUUGCUGUGAAACUGGACAAGAAGCUCAGAGAAAACCUCAGAGAUGCAAGAAACAGCCUCUUUACAAGUGACACGAUGGGAACUGGACAGUUCAGCUUCCAGAGACCUUUACUAGUCCUUUUAGACAGAAAUUUAGAUUUGGCUACUCCAUUGCACCACACGUGGACGUAUCAAGCCCUGGUGCAUGAUGUUCUGGAUUUCCAUUUGAACCGAGUAACCAUGGAGGAAUCCACAGGCCCAGAAAACUCCCCAGCUGGGGCUCGACCGAAAAAAAAGAACAAGAAAAAUUAUGAUUUGACAGCGGCUGAUCGGUUUUGGCAAAAGCAUAAAGGAAGCCCUUUUCCAGAAGUAGCCGAAUCCGUGCAACAAGAACUCGAUACCUACAGGGCUCAGGAAGACGAAGUGAAGCGCCUGAAAAGCAUCAUGGGUCUUGAAGGUGAAGAUGAAGGCGCAAUCUGCAUGUUAUCAGACAACACGGCAAAGCUGACUUCUGCAGUAAGUUCUUUACCGGAAUUGCUAGAGAAGAAGAGGCUGAUUGACCUUCACACAAAUGUUGCAACUGCUGUCUUGGAGCACAUUAAGACAAGAAAGCUUGAUGUGUACUUUGAAUAUGAAGAGAAACUCAUGAGCAAGUCCACUCUGGACAAGUCUCUGCUGGACAUGAUCAGCGAUCCCGACGCGGGAACCCCAGAAGACAAGAUGAGACUUUUCUUAAUCUACUACAUCACAUCCCAGCAACCGCCAUCUGAGGUUGAUAUGGAACAAUAUAGAAAAGCGUUGGCAGAUGCUGGAUGCAAUCUUUCUCCUUUAAACUACAUCCGACAAUGGAAAGCAUUUGCCAAGAUGGCUGCAGCACCAGCAAACUAUGGAGGAAGUGGAGCUAAAGCCAUGGGGCUGUUUUCAAGAGUAAUGAACACAGGCUCACAGUUUGUGAUGGAAGGAGUAAAGAAUUUAGUACUGAAACAGCAUAAUUUACCAGUGACCCGCAUCCUGGAUAACCUUAUGGAGAUGAAAUCCAACCCUGAAACGGACGAUUACAGAUACUUUGAUCCCAAAAUGCUCCGUGGCAGUGAAAGUUCUGUUCCAAGAAACAAGAAUCCAUUCCAAGAGGCAAUUAUAUUUGUGGUUGGCGGAGGAAACUACAUUGAAUAUCAAAAUCUUGUGGACUAUGUUAAGGGGAAGCCGGGUAAACACGUGCUGUAUGGCUGCAGUGAGCUUUUUAACGCCUCCCAGUUUCUUAAACAGUUGUCUCAGCUGGGUCAGAAGUAAAGUCUGUUGGUGAGCCGUCGUAUGCAGGCAUUUCCUGUGUCUUUCCUAUGAUGUCUCCGUCAUAAAUUCCACUUGUGUAAUAUUUUUUAUUGUAUUAAAAACUGCAUUUUGGAGUAAAAGUAAAAAAGUAAUAAAGCAUGCUAACUUUA